AGUACACCAUUUGUGUAAAUCAAAUUGGCUUCUACGCCAUAUAUGUAAUUGACCCCAUUUUUAGCUCUAUCCCAUGAUUCCCACUUUUCUCCUCUUUAUUAUUCAUUAUUCAUUAUCCAUUUCCCACAGCUCAAAAACACCAAUCACCCACUAAUUAUUUCCAUAAUCGCCACUAAUUAACUCCCCUUAAUCACACUAUAUAUUCCUCAUAAAUCAAAAAAUGCAUCCGCAAACACCACACACGCCAUCUUCGUUAGGGCUAGGGUUUUGAUUCUCUCUCUCUCUCUCUCUCUCUCUCUCUCUCUCUCUUCCCGUUUUCGCCUCUGUGGAGCCACACCGCUCAUGGAUGCUGUGAAGGGGAGGCCGUUUGAUUACGCGAACGUGCCUGUAAGAGUUCAUGACGGCCGCGGAGGAUUCGACGCCGAUGACGUCAGCGGCGGCGAUGAGACGAUGAUGAGCGGCGCCGAUGAAAUGGCGUUUCCGUCCAGGACUAGUGAGCUUUCCAUUUCUUUCGAAGGCGAAGUAUAUGUGUUUCCUGCUGUCACUCCGGAAAAGUUGCAAGAAGUGCUGUUGCUAUUGGGAGGUCGGGAGACACCAAACAGUAUCCCCAGUUCUGAAUUUCUGUCACAAGUGAAUGAUAAGGCUGUGAAUGAUGUUUCGAGUCGGCCUAAUGUUUCUAGGAGGCUUGCAUCAUUAGAGAGAUUCCGUGAGAAACGGAAGGAGAGAAGUUUUGAGAAGAAGAUUAGGUACUCUUGCCGAAAAGAAGUCGCUCAAAGGAUGCAUCGGAAAAACGGCCAAUUUGCCGCUGUAAACGAUACUUGCCAAACAUCUGAUGACAAUUUGGGUUCGAGCAAUAGCACACCUCAACAAGAACCGGUAUGUAGCUCACGUACAUGUCAACAUUGUGGGGUUAGCGAAAAUUCAACUCCUGCAAUGCGUCGGGGACCAGCAGGUCCAAGAACUCUAUGCAAUGCUUGUGGAUUGAUGUGGGCAAACAAGGGGACUCUACGAGAUCUAACAAAGGGAGCAAGGCAUCUAUUCAAUCAAAAUGAUCUAGGACCUCUGGAUAUCAAGCCUAUUGCUGUUGCUGCACCAGAUAAGUCGUACUUCAACCAGGAUGAAAAUAGAACUCCUGAACAGACACGGCUUGUGGGGGAGUACGGAAAUCCUUUACUAAGAACUGAGCAGGACUUGAUCGAGAUUACUGAAGGAAUUGCUGACGAUUCAUCGUUUGGAAUAGAGAAUUCAUCUGGCAACCUUGCCGAACAGGUGAUUGUUCCUCGAAAAAGUUUGAUGUUUCUUACAUUUCUGGCAGCUUUUUCCCGACCUCCAAAAUCAUUAUCCGUAUGUACACUAUUAGUUUGUGAUGGUUGUAUGUAUGUACAUGGACUUUUUAAAUACUCUCUUCUCAAAAUUCAAACUGGAUUUAAAUGGACGGAAAUUUUCGAAAUGAAUGUAUAUUUUGGUUACCAGGAAACUUUGGAUGAACUUGCUAAUCUGUCUGGAACUGAAUUCGAUAUUCCAGCUAACUUUGACGAACAGGUGUGCACUUUUACGAACCUGGAGCCACCUGUAGUGCCAUAUAGACUUGUUUUUUUUACAUGCUCUGCUCACUUUUAUUAAGAUUUUAUGUACAGGUUGAUGUUGAUUCACAUAUAGGUAUCAAGUGGCCAGUGACAUGAACCAUGUUGCCCCGAUUAGUGUGACUAAAGACGACUAGCCAGCUAACUUCAUCUUCAGAGACGUUUCGUUGAUUGUAGUGAGAUUAUUCAAGAGAGAGAGAGAGAUAUUUUAUCUUAGCUUUUCGUAGAUGGUUAAAAUUUGUCUUCGAAUGUUCAUAGUUUUACUCUAUCCAAAGCCGUGGACUGAAUUUUGUAUAUAUAAUUGUAGGAAUCGCCUAAUGGAUAUAGCACUUGUCCAUAGUUUUCUGGUGGAUUGGAAGAUAGUCCAUAAAAUUGCAUAGUCGAUACAUAAAGCAUCAGAAUUUCAAUUCCACGUGUGAGACUUUGAUUGGCGUCUUU